AUGUUUGCAAAGGAACCGACCCUUCCUGCUCACCUGCCCCGGGGGAGAGGCCUCGCCUGGGGUCGCGGGGCUCCAGGGGCCGAGGCGGCCGCUCCCGCAGCCUGCGGCCGCCCCUCAUCCAGAGCCGGGCCCGCGCCGCUCCGCCACCGCCUCGCGCGCCGCCAUCUCGGCCCCGUCACCCGGGAGACACGCCCGCCCCUUCCGGCCGCCCCUCAUCCAGCGCUCCGCCCCGGCCACCCCUCAUCCAGCGCUCCGCUCCGACCGCCCCGCUCGGGCCGUGGGCGCCCGGCGCCGUCCGAGCGCUUGGGGCUGGGGCUGGGGCACAGCCGUGCUAGGCUGCCCGCGGCCCGCCCCGCCCGCCAGCGGUCCGCGACCUCCCCCGCCCGCCUUCCUCCCGCCCCCGCAGUGGCUGGGGGGUCUGAGCCGGCUCUUUGGCCUUCCGGGGAUCUGCGGGAAAAAGGAGUUGGACUGCAACCCUGUCGAGUUGCUGCACACGUGGCACUUCCAAGGACAAUGCCUUCCACCCAGCUACGCCUUGUUUGGGGGCUAACAACUUAUGCUUAUGUUCAACUAAAGCAGCAUUUCUCUUUGUGGAAAACGUUUCUUCUUUCCUUUUUCUUCUGGAAGAAACUGAACAACUUCUGCCAGUUACAGUACUCACCUAUUUAUGCUCCCUGGAUUUCAAGAAAGUUUGAUUAA